AGCACCAAAAUUAGACCACAUCUCACACAAUAUCAACUCGUGCCCAAAACAUGUCUCCUCUCUUUACAGCCUUUCUUCUACUGGCAGCCAUGGCCUCUGCAGCGCCACUCCGGCCAGAAUUCUACUUUCGGACAUGCCCGGAAGCUGAAUUAAUAGUGAGGAAAGUGAUGAGGAAGGCUAUGAUUAGAGAACCAAGAAGUGUUGCCUCCGUCAUGCGCUUUCAAUUCCAUGAUUGCUUUGUUAAUGGUUGUGAUGCUUCUGUUUUGCUGGAUGAUACAUCAACCAUGCUAGGAGAGAAACUUGCUCUUUCCAAUAUAAAUUCUCUAAGGUCUUAUGAAGUUAUAGACGAAAUCAAGGAAAAGUUAGAGAAGGUCUGUCCAGGAACUGUUUCUUGUGCAGAUAUAAUUGUCAUGGCUGCUAGAGAUGCUGUUGCUCUGGUUACCAUUGAUCAUGCUGGGUCUCAUACUGGAGGACCUGACUGGAAGGUGAAGUUAGGGAGACAAGAUAGCUUGACAGCGAGCCAAGAAGACUCGAACAAUAUCAUGCCAAGUCCAAGAGCCAAUGCAAGCCUUCUCAUAGACCUCUUCGCAAGAUUCAAUCUCUCUAUCAAGGAUCUUGUAGCCCUUUCAGGGUCACAUUCCAUUGGUCAAGCUAGGUGUUUCUCUAUAGUGUUUAGGCUCUAUAAUCAAUCUGGAACAGGCAAACCAGAUCCAACCAUUGAGCCAAGAUACAGACAAAAACUAAACGAACUGUGUCCCCUUGGUGGAGAUGGAAAUGUGACAGGAGACCUUGAUGCAACACCAACUACGUUUGAUAAUGUAUAUUUCGAGGACUUGGUUGCAGGAAGAGGGUUUCUUAAUUCUGAUCAAACACUUUUCACAUUUCCUCAAACAAGCGAGUAUGUGAGAUUGUUUUCCAAGGACCAACAUGCUUUUUUCAAGGCCUUUGUUGAGGGAAUGAUAAAGAUGGGUGACUUGCAGUCUGGGAGGCCUGGAGAGAUCAGAACCAAUUGCAGAGUGGUCAAUAGCCGCCGGCCUGUUGAUGUGCACUUCGAGUCUUGAAGUAUUGAGGGAAAAAGACUAAUUACAGUUAGAUUAAAGAAUCUGUCAUAGAUUAGGGAGGUUGAGAAGGACUAGAGAAAUCAUAUAAUAGUGCAACAUGUCUUCUUGGAUAAUGUUAUAGUGGGUGAAACUGUUAUGUGAGAGUGUUGCAAUCAAUUUAAUCCUUUAUUAUGUGCACGCUUCUGGUUGGAAUCUUUGAAAAUAGAAGGAAUUAUAUCAAACAUGGAAAACAUUUUCCUUGCUUUUUUUUUUCUUCU